AUGAUCACAGCCCAGUUGCGGGAGGCCCUGCAAGAGGCUGUGGUUAUGUGCUCAGAGAGAUGCCUCUAUCAAUCAGCAAAAUGGGCCGCAGAGCUUCUCAGUGCCAUCCCCCCGGAUACAAAUGACGCAGAACCGGAAGGCGACCAAAGUCGCUUCAUCUCUCCGGGUUUCGCCCGCAACCCAGAUCCAGCAGAGGCAGCCCUUGAAGCCGCCGAGUUCAACAAGUACUUGCUUGCCAAAUCUUUCUUUGACUGCAAAGAAUUCGAUCGAUGCGCCGCCGUCUUUCUUCCCGACUCCCUGCUCGCAGGUCUAGUGCCUAUGACCCGAGCCGAGGACAAUAUACCAUCGGCAAACGCGUCAAAAGACCAAGCCAAGCCUCCCCCCACACAAACUUUGCGUCCCCAGGAUCUACCAGAACUCAGCCAGAAGAGUCUGUUUCUUGCACUGUAUGCCAAGGUGAUCUCGGGCGAAAAGCGCAAGGACGAAGACGCCGAGAUGGUUAUGGGCCCUCAUGACCUCGGUACCAUUGUCAACAAACAGCUGCUUCCGGUCAGCAACUACCUAGAGCAAUGGUUUAAUAGGAGGUCGAAUGAGGAUGGAUACACUCCAGGCAGCCAGGGGUGGUUGGAGUAUUUAUACGGUAUGGUUUUAGCAAAGUCAAAGAGCGAGGCCGAGGCAAUGGAGUGGUUUAUCCGCAGCGUUCAUUUGUUCCCUAUGAACUGGGGCUGCUGGCUGGAGAUGACCUCACUCAUAUCAAGGGUAGCAGAUCUCAACGCCAUAUCGCCUCAGUUGCCGCAGAACAUCGUGUCGUUCAUGUUUCACCUACACACAUCGUUGGAGCUUUACCAGCAGGGACCGCAACUUGCCCACUCAUUGGAGGAGCUUUUGAAGCUCUUUCCCACGUCCUCUUUUCUCCUCACCUGCAGGGCAUUGUUGGAAUACCACAACAAAGACCUUACCCUGGCUGAGCAACACUUUAGCACACUUCUCGCGCUUCAUCCACAUCGACUCGACUCUCUAGAUCACUAUUCCAACAUUCUUUAUGUCCUCAAUUACCGCCCAAAAUUAGCGUUCCUAGCCCAUCUUUGCUCGUCGGUGGACAAGUUCCGACCGGAAUCAUGCGUCGUUGUCGGCAACUACUACUCUUUGCUGUCGAUGCACGAAAAGGCUGUGCAGUAUUUCCGACGAGCUUUGACGCUGGACCGAUCCUGUCUUUCGGCGUGGACACUGAUGGGCCAUGAGUACGUGGAAUUAAAGAACACGCAUGCUGCCAUAGAGUCGUAUCGCCGAGCUGUCGACGUCAAUCGUCGCGACUACCGCGCAUGGUACGGCCUUGGACAGACGUAUGAGGUGUUGGAGAUGCACACAUAUGCGCUGUGGUAUUACAAGAAAGCAGCCGGCCUGAGACCCUGGGAUGGCAAAAUGUGGAUGGCGGUGGGCUCUUGUCUGCAAAAGAUGGGUCGCGAGCGGGACGGAAUCAAGGCAUUGAAGCGUGCUCUUCUGGCAGACUCUUCAUACGAGACUGGCUCUGGAUCCGGACUUGGAACAGCCGGAGCAAGCGGCAGUUUUACCGCUGGAGGUCUCGAUAGAACUGGUGCUCUCCACAUGGACCCCGAGGUUCUUUUACAAAUCGCCAAUAUGUACGACAAUCUAGGAGAGCUGGACGAAGCUCGCAUGUACAUGGAGCUGUGCGUCUCCCAAGAGGACGGAGGAGAAGAGGACGACAUGGCCGGGUUAGGAAAUUCGAUCAGUAUUCACAGGGACGCCUCAGUGGGCGGGUCAGACGAUGACGAACCAAGACCGGAUGGCAGCAAGAUGAACACAACACCGAUCGUAGCAGGUGGCGGUGGAACAGGCGUGACACCUGCCACAAGCAAGGCUCGUAUGUGGCUGGCACGCCACGCCUUGGAGUAUGAAGACUACGCCGAAGCGCAUAGACUCGCCACGGAGCUAUGCCAAGAUGGGGUGGAGGUUGAAGAGGCCAAGGCGCUCAUACGCGAGGCACGGGCGCAGAUGGAUCUUGCGCAGGCUCAAGGAGAUGGGGCAGGCAGUGGUGGCGCCUUGUCGCGCACACCUCAGCAGGCCAGAGGCUAG